AUGGAAAAUGGUCGUAGUUUUUUUGUUUCUUCUUCAGAAGGGUGUGCUGAAUCCGGGUGGACUGUGUAUUUGGACCACUCCAUUUCUGAUUCUCCGAUUGCUUCUAAUUAUUCGUAUUCUAAUUUGAGCAGAAGAAUAAAAGUUGAAGAAGAAGAAGAAGUGGAUUUGUCUAUGGUUUCUGAUGCGUCUUCUGGGCCUCGAAUUAAUUUCCCGGAAAAUGAAUUUCGUUUCCCGGAAAGUGGCACUGAAAUUGGCCCAAGUUUGCCCAAAAAUGGCCGGAAAAUUGAAGAACGGCGACGCCGGCGCCGUGAUCCGACAGAUAAUCAAACGUCGUCGUUUCUUGAUGACACUGCUACCUCCGAUCCCAACUUCAAUUCGGAGAGUUCAAGCUGCCAAAACCAGUUCAACACUUUGAGACAAUCCUCUCAAUCUGGAAAUCGAAGGCAGAAGAAUCAGUGGUUUAAAGGGAAGUAGUCGGAGUUGAGGUAGAUCAAAUAUGCUUAUCAAGGAUGUAUUGCUCUCUCGUUGAUUUGAUCUUGUACUGUUUGGCAAUAUGGAAUGAUUCAGAGAUUAUAAUGAGCGAUUGCUAUAUCAUAUGAUUACAACUCCCGGUAACAAUUAGAGGGUUAAUUGGGAGAUUAAAAGAUGGUUUCUGCCUAUCUAUAUAUGUUUGACAUUGACAUUAAA